AUGGGAAGAAAUCCAUUAAAUGGCAAAGUUAGCGUCACUCAGAAAGUUAUCGAUCAAGUAAGGACAGCCUUAGAAUCCAAAUCAACCAACAUCACUAGUCACGUUAAGAAGAUACUCCCUUACUUUAAAUUGCAAGAUGGUAUUCUCUACUUCAACAAGUACAAAUCAGAAGAAAAGAAAGUCCUUAAGGAUAAUCUCACAGAUGAGCAAUUAGAAAGGAUUAUCGACAUGACUCAACAGCUCCCCAAGGAUGUAUAUGAUGUCCAAACAAUCAAAACUGAUAAAUGGGUUCAAAUUCUCAAAGAACAUGAAUAUGAAGGCAUUAUUAUCGAUAUUCAUGUCAAUCAAGGUCAUGCAGGUCGAGAUAUUUGUGAAUCAGUUGCUUCAUCAAUGUAUUACAUUCCAAAGUUCCAAGAAAAAUUCCAGAAGGUAAAAAGUUCUUGCGAGAGUUGCAGAACUACAGAGGCAUCCAAAGAUAUCGUAUUGGAUAAUCAUUAUGAUCCUACUUGUGUUGGAGAAUUAGUUUUUGUUGAAUGUGCAUUCUUUCCCAAAUGUGGAACAACUGAUGGUUGGGAAGUGUUUGUUGAUGGUUUAUCCAAAUAUGUGUUUGGAUUUAUAUUAUACUCUAGCAAAAAGUCAAGUGUUAUUGCUUCUCAUGCCCAGCAAGUAAUUGAUUUCUUCAAGGCAAGAGGUGUGAAUAAGGUUACUUUUGUGUCUGACAACGGUGGUGAAUUCAAAUCUCAAGAAAUUGAAGAGUUUUGUUCCAGCCAAGUAGGCAUUGAGGUUAAAUGGCAUUAUGUAUUAACAGGGAGACCAAAAGCAAAUGGUAUGGUUGAACGUUUGCAAAAAACCAUCAAAAAAAUGAUACGUGUAAUUUUGAAAUACUUCCAAUCUCGUAGUUGGCCAACUUAUUUUCCAACAGUGAUUUUGAAUAUUAAUAUACGUCCUCACACCUCAACUGGCUAUUCGCCAGAAUUUGUCAUGAACUCCCUUCAUCCGAUUAUGACUGAUGACAUAAUUUCCAAACAAAGGAUGUCUCAGAUAGCAAUGGAUCGAAGAAUCCUAAUCGCAGAACUCCGUGAAAACAUCGCACAUAAGAACGCUAAAAACACGAAGAACCAAAUAAGACGAGCUACUGUUGGUGGUGCAACCAUCGCUGGACCAAUAGCAAUUGAUUGUGCAGUAUUAGUGGCUCCUCCUACAGCUCAAUUAAAAACAAAAGAUUCUGGUUUUAACAAGAAGGCUGUUGUAGUCGAAAAUUGUGGUAAUGGCUACUAUAAAAUUCGUUUCCAAGAAACAGGAGGAUACAGACAAACUGAGACCGUUGGAAGCACAGCAACUUACCAUCGUUCACAUUUGAAACCAUAUUCUUUUGGUGAUGAUCAUCAAUUAACAAUGGAACAACCAGAGGUGAUUCCAGAUGAAUCUUGCUCAAAACAAAUCGAAGAGGAAAUGGAAAGACUUGAGUUGGAAGAUAUGAGUGAUCUUGAAAUUGGCUUGGAAGAUUUUGAGGGUUGUCUAGCACACCUUGCAGAGCCGCCACUUUCCGAUAACACUUGGAUGUCGGAACCAGGGUCAUCUCAAGAUCAUAUUGUUCCCCAUACUCAAGAAGCAAGUCCAACGGCCAAUGACGAAACUAAGGAGAGUGAACCUCCACAAGUAGCACAGACAUCCCUCUCAUCUGAACGGACCGUGAUGAUAUUUUUUUAA